AUGUCCAUGUUCUCUUCAGCUGAAUCUUCGAUCUCUCGUUAUGAAUUCGAGGAAGUCUUCGACAGAGACCCCUUCAACUUCAGCACCCCAUUGACAGAAUUCCUGAGCAGCAUGAUCAUGUCUGCAAAUGGGGAUUCAAGGCUUCCCGAAGACGCUGUUACGAAAAGCUUGGCCUCCGCAGAAGAACAGUCUCCAGAAAACACAGCUCCUUACAAGGCGAUCUACUUCAUCUUGGAAACGACGCUGCGCAAACAGACUCCACAAGGCAUCAAAUCGGUUCCCAACACAAAAGCAAACUACAAUGCGGUCUUCAAAUUCCUGUAUGGCCUGAAUGCGGUCUUCAAAUUCCUGUAUGGCCUGAAUGACAAGAUUCGGCCCGAAAGGAUCCGGUUGGAGGCGACAGAGUUGAUACUCAUCGCUCAUGCAUGGUUGCAUCUGGGCGUUGCCGAUCCCAAGCAGAUCAGCAAGGGUUAUAUUUGGACAUUGGAAAUACAUAAAGCCCUUUGCGAGCUGUGGAGAAGAGCUGAGAAACGAUUUACUCGAUCUGCCAAAAUGUCCCGAGCUAGAGUUCCCUGGGAUACGAUGACUCCUUUGUCCAUGAGUGAUUGUGUCGCAGUAGAUUAUGUGGACUUCGCGAUUAUGGAGACCCAGGGGCAUGGCCGGUACCGAACCACUGGUAACAGUCUCGAUUAUGCUUAG